AUGGCCGCGCCCCGGGCGCCCCUCGCAGCUGUGGGGCCGGGCCGGGAGUGCCGGGGCCGCGGCCUCGCCUUCUACGUGCUGUGGGCUCUGCGGGAGCCGCCGCGGCGGCUCGGCAGCCAUUCCAGCCAGAUGGGUUUCCAGGCUUGGCUGCCGCUGCCCUUGCCAAAGCAGCUGGUGGUGUUCGGGCUGGGCGACUGGAGCUGCUACUCUCCGGACACGAGCAUCGCAGUGGAUGUGCUGGUGUCCCCCGGCGUCGCGCCACAGCGGGUCGGCACGCUGGAGCCCACCCGCAGGUCUCUGGUGUGGGAAGAUGACUGGAGAACAGAUCUUUUCAUGGCCUCAUUGAAAGAGAUGGACAAAGGCAACCCUGUGAGGCUUGUUCUGACUGUUAAUGGACAGCUGCUCCGAGGUGUCUCCAGCAGUACACCUGUCCAUCCCUUCCUUGUACCAGAGACCAGCCAGUCACCAGUGCUCCCAGCAGAUAAUAGGCCCCUUGGCCAGGACCUGGAGGAUCCUACUGAGGUUAAGAGUCAGAGCUCAGAGGUGGCUGCCAGAGCCUCCAGGCCUGUGAAGAGGGACGUCUGGCCAUCGCUGAGGACCAUGGUGGUACCCUGUGCCCUGAAGUCACCAGCUGGGAAGGUGGAAUCCAGUGAGACCUGGAGGAAGAGUCCUGACCAAGGACCACCAAGAUUCCUCUCCAAAAAGCCCAGAAAAGUUUUAUUUGAACCCACAGCAUCUGAGAGAGAUCUUGAUGAAGAAGAUCUGGCAGUGAAGGAGUUGCAAGGCAGUCCCAGCCCUCGGUGGUGCCAUGCCAUGUGCCUCAGUGACCUGGGGACAGCUGUUCUCAUUGGUGGAGAAGGUGUCAAUCAACAGUCCUGCAGGGAUGCGCUCUGGAAGCUGGAAAUUGACAGUGAUUUAUGGCUUCCAGUGGGUUUCCAGGUACAAAAUGCCAUGCCAUCAUGCUUGCAUGGUCACACAGCUACCUACGACCCUGACACCAAGCGUAUCUACAUCUUUGGGGGCAUAAGGGAGGACAAAGACUACAGCAGCAUCUACAUUCUGGACACAGUCACCUGGGAAUGGCUCCUUGUGGCUGCUAAAGGGAGGAUACCAGCGCUCACCUACCACAGUGCAACUAUCUACCAGAAGGAGCUCUUUGUUUUUGGAGGAACUUUCCCCAGAAAGGCAUCGCUGGCAGUUGCACCCUGCAGCAAUGUGCUCUAUGUCUUCAAUCCAGAGCAUGAAAUUUGGUAUCAGCCCAUUUCAGAAGGGGAGAAGCCUCUGCCUAGGCUUGGGCAUUCAGCUACUCUAUUGAAAAACAAGCUGGUGAUUUUUGGGGGUCAGAGGACUUCUGUCUACUUCAGUGACAUGCACAUUCUGGAUCUGGGUUUCAUGGAGUACACGUCAGUCCCCCUCCUGGCAGGACAGCCUUCUGCACGUUGUUUUCAUGCAGCUAUGGCUGUGUCAGACCAGAAGGUUCUGAUCAGUGGAGGCUGCAAUGCCAGAGGAGCCUUGCAUGAUGCCUUUGUCUUCCACCUAGAUACCCUUUCAUGGAGCACAGUGAUCCACCACGACCUCUGCUCUCUUCCCCGAGCUGGCCACACAUUGCUUGACCUGACUCCCACCCAUUUGAUGGAUAUGGACAAGGAGAACAAAGAGGAGCAGAAGCUGCACACAGUGUUGGUCUUUGGGGGCUCCAACUGUGCUGGGACCUUUUAUAACAGCACACUCAAGAUCCAGCUGGACCUAGGAUAAUGCACAAUUCUCAGGAUGAGCCUGAACAGCAAGGCUCUUCAUCUAAAUACAGAUAUGGAUGGCAAUAAAUGAGUCCAAGCAGCAUGGUAGUCCAGGUAUCUGUAUGUAGGUGAAUGGCACCUUGGUAAAAGAGACUGUGGGUUUGUAAGUUUGAAGGCCAUAGGUAUUGUUUUCCUAGGGUACCUGAUAUACAGUAUCUGGGCUCAGGUGCCAAAACAUUCAGUGGGAUCUGAGGUGACUCUGCACAAGAACACAGACAAAGGUUAUGGGUUCCUUUCUUGCCCUACAGGUUUUUAGCUGGAAUUCCCAGGGUGCUUUCAGCUUUGUUAGGUGAUUUAGGUGUUUGGUUUCAUUUGGGAUGAGUGGAAUGGUAUUUACUGCUGCUAUUUUACAGAAAAAGUACAGACAUGAUUCUGGUUUGGAGGGAAUCUGGGGUGGGAUUUCCUUGGGAAACAGUCUGCAGCUGAAGGCUAGGAAACCACCUAAAGCAGUAUCUGAGGAUGGGAAAAAUAAGAACAUAAUUUUCAUUGUAGGGGAGAGAGCUGAUUGUGCCUUGCUGUCUUAAGGCACCAUCACCUAGCUUUGCUCUAGGCAGACCUUUUAUAAGUUCUGUGUGACUGCUCUUGUUAUUGCAAGGGGUGACAGAGUUGCCAACUUGACUCUUUCAAGACCCCAACAAUGGCUUAGCUAUAUUCCAUCAGAGACUAGAUCUGAUUGUUUAUAUCCAUGGAACUGAUGACUGUGCUGUGACUCUGAGGCAGCU